AUGUUUUGGUUGCUUCUUGUGUUUGGCCUGACCGCUGCCUUUAAUAAGCCACCUGGCGUGAGCAUUUGGUGUGGGAAGGCAUAUCUGCCCACGAAUAAAUCGUUCGCACCAGGGGGUGCGCUACAGAAACCCGCAGCAUCGACAAGACCUCUCUUGAAUAUCCAAGUUCGUCCGCGGAUGAGCUUAUACAUCCCAACCGAUGUCAACGCUUCCUUCAUCGUGGAAUCACAGUUCUCAUAUACCCACGGGAUUGCCUGGGACUACGCCGAAGCGCAAGACGACAGCGAUCUGAAGCUCGAGAUAUCUAUCGAGGGGGAGAGUUUGCACCUGCAUCACUCAGUUGCCGGAGGUGUGACCUCGGAAAGCUUGCAGGAGGUGCCUUUCUCCCUCAAGAACCUUAUUCCUCGCCUCAUUCCAUAUGGUGUAACCCUCACAGUCACACGUGCCAGUGCGCGGUGGGUGUACAACGCAACGACGCUGCUAUACUAUCUUCCAGCGCGGUUGGACGGGGGUACCACCACCAAGGUCGACAGUCUCUAUGGCGGACUGUUGGUACAAAACAUCACGAACAGGACAACAACCUGGACUCCUCUACUGCCAUAUUCUUACUACACGACUUUGGCAAAUGCACCCAAUCCGCAAGCAUUUAUCAAUCAAGGAUACAAUAUCAUCCACCUCGUCCCAGAUGCGACGACGCUGACCCAGACCUUUAAUUUAACCGCGCUGAAUACUUUCCUCAAUGCUUGCGAUCAGGUCGGGCUGUGGGUGAUGUACGACAUGCGUUAUAUAUACCAAAACCUUAUCUCCGUGACGGCGCAGGUAGCUCUCCUCCAGGCACGGAAAAGCUUGUUGCUCUGGUAUACAGGAGACGAACCCGAUGGCCACGGCGACCCGCUCAACGCCACGAGUAUAGCCUACGCCCUGAUCAAGAUGCUGGAUCCGUGGCAUCCGGUCUCGGUGCUCUUGAACUGCUAUAAUUUCUAUUAUGGCAACUACUCGGCCGGUGCGGAUAUUAUACUUUCCGACGUGUAUCCCAUCGGAGUCAACACGACCUGGUCGGUGGUCUACAAUACGCCCUGCAAUAAAACGUACGGACGAUGUGGAUGUGAUGAUUGUGACGGGGUGGUCGAGGAUAUUUCGACCCGACUGGACCGCUUCGAAAAGUACCAGACUUGGAUUGGUAGUGUUCCGAAACCUCUGUGGGGUGUGCCGCAAGCGUUUGGGAAGCAGACUUUUUAUAACCGGACGCCUACCGCAGCGGAAGAAGUGACCAUGACGAUGCUGAGUUUGAAUCACAACGCCAAGGGGAUUGUUAUGUGGGCCUGGCCGACUACGCCGCAAAUCAGCACCAUGACUAAACAGCUGUCGGUUGUGCUUGCUCAUGGCGCAGUGCCGGGUUUUAUGCUCGGAGCUCGGACUGUGACGUUGAAGGCAGUGGGACAGACUGAGAUGGAUGUAGCGGGAUGGAGAGUUGGUAAACAGAUGUUGGUUAGUAUUUUGUCUCUGCAGACGCCAAACUGGACGAACACAGUGACGAUUCAAUUGCCGGCUGCAUUUACCUUUAUUACUCAGGUAUUGUGGGGUGCUGGGCAAUGGAAUCUGACCAACGGGACUCUAACUGGCAGCAAAGAAUGA